AACCCGAGAGCUCAUUUCAUCCAUAGAAAUCAAGCCUCUAAGGACAGAAAAAUAAGAGUCUCGGUACACGAUAUCAAAUUGUUGGUAUAGUGGCCCCAUAAACAACGUAACGUCGUCCGGCAUGGACCGAACCGAAGGUUCCCGACGGCCCGGACAUACAACCCAGCGGCUCGUCAUAAUGAAUAGCGACGACAUUUUGCGACGGAUUGCCAAGCCGACGCUAAAAACUCCAUUAAAUCACAACGUACGCCCGGGAGGAGGCUUUUGCCAGGCGGGGAGAUGUGCACAUACGCGUCUUGAUCAGCAGCCACAGUCUGUGCUUCAAGGUAAUCAUAGUAAGUAUAGAGCCUGCGCAUAUAACUAAGAAAUGGAAGAUAACCUUUGGGAGAAGCCAAGUACUGUUAAAUGAUGAUCGAUAUAUACUUAGCUUGCGUGAGAUCGAGCUAAUCACAACGUUCGUCAAGAGAAAAAGGACAGAACCUAGCAUGAAAAAGAGGAACUUGUCAAGUUAGCCAAGUUGACUGCCUGAAAACAUAAACAAGAUUUUUCAACUAUGCUUAGGAGCAGGCAAGUCAUCCUUGGCUACCAAACGAGCUCCUCUCUUCUUGCUAGACCUCUUCCCUCGAUCGUGUUUCUAAACUCGCUUGCUCCACUGCGUUGCUCACGGAUUCGGCUCAAGGAGUCUCUCCUUUUAUAGCUAGCUACGACGCGUUGUUUUAUGGGGGAACAAAAAGAUAUAUAUAAUUCAUUCUUGCUUUCGAUAUUCUGCCCGAUCCGGAAACUGUAACUUUCAUUCGUGACCAUUCUCUUAUUGUUCAUUCCUCCAUGAAAGUUUGAAAUGGAAUAUAUUCUCUGACCCUAGCUAUAUAUAGCUUUUUCUCCCAUAUCUGAGAUCUCGUCAGACCACAAUGGCUGACCUGUCUCUAGAAAGGAUUAAAGCAUAUUAUUAUAAAGUCGCAGAAUUGAACAUGCAUGGGCCUCAAAAAGUUUGCGGGCUCAUACGAGUGCUGUUGUGUGCCUCCUCGCGAAACGUAGAGCCGUCGCAGCUUGGCCAUGACUGUCUGACAACAAGUGGUGGGAUGGAUGUCGAAAUCAUCUUCUCAGAAAUUGAGUGCCCCAACAAUUCCACUGACAACAAGUGGUGGUGAGAUCAUAUACCUCUACUUUCGAGAGGAUGAAAAUUUGGAAAGGUAGAGAAAAUAUUGUUUUACGGAGAAAAAUGAAGAAAAAGUAGAAUUUUUUUUUGGACAAAGGAGAGUCUUUAUUGCAUUUUAACUCGUCAGUUACAAAGAGACAAUAAACCAACAUUCUGGUUCAACAAGAGGAAGGAAAAGGGAACUCGGUUACAAUCAAACCAUGAAAAGCAAAAGCAAGAACAGAGAACACAACACAGAUUGACAGCAACCAUCCAACAGAACAGAACCCUUGAAAAAAUCAGUACAUCAGAAAUCUCUCUUGCAAUCAACCACUUAGAAUGCAACAAGAGCGAAAUCAGCUUGUCCGAUCAACUCGAAAUCCAUGGCUAGGGAUCACAUCAACCAUAUGCCGCCUCCUGGGGAUGACUCAAAGGCAUCCAUCACGGUGAAUCCUAGAAACAAGAUUGCAUGGCGAUGGAUAAGGAUAUGAACGGAUUGCUCCAAGCUGACAGAGGCAGAGGAAGCUGAGGCAGAGACAUCAUGUUUGAAGCGGAGCAGAAGAUCCCAAGGGAGCCACAAAUCUCCACGGAGAACACCGAUUACCAACCACAACCACCGGAGAAGACCCGACCCUCCACGAUCCGACGGCUCACCUCGCAACACAAACACACAGUGGAGGUCGGAAAGGGAAAGAAGAGAAUGGCUUCACCAAAGGAUGAGACCACCAACCUGGAAAGUAUACUGGUGGAGUCGUGGAGGCUUGCCUGGCCUGCCUAGGGAGAGAGAUCGAAGAAGAUGAAUGAACAAUGUUUAUCCAAUGAUUAUUAAAAAACACAAGGGUGGUAUAUGUUAAAUUCAACUCUAAACACAUAAAUUUUACACAUCAUAAAUCUAAUUUUCAAUCAAUAAUUUCUAAUGCCAUCUUAAAUCAUUCAUUUUCCAAAUUCAAAGAUUUGACUCAAACCUUCAUUUUCAAUUUUUUUUUGUUAUCCAAACGACGACAAGAUUAAAGGAAUGAACAACCACUUACAUCGAAAUUUACAUAAGGCUGCACAAAAUUUAUGAGAGUUUGUUCAUAUUAAGUGAACCGAUGAUAAACAAGUCGUAUUAUUAUACGUUAGGAGAACAAUGAAAAGGAAAGGCCUAUCAUGAAAGAGAAGGGCUUGUCAGAAUAGCCAAGGAGACCGCCUGGCGUUCAAAAAAGGUUUAAGGUUCAUUUAUGACCAAAAAACCAUAAUGAGAUAGCAGGCAAGUCAUCCUUGGCUAGCAAACUAAAACCCUUUUCUUCAUGUAAGACCCUCUUUCCUCCGCCUUACUACCCUUUUCCUUGAUCAGCUCCUCAUAAUGCCACUAUUAUUUUUUCGCUUUUUCACUAGAAUUGAUUUUUAGAAGAGAAGGCUUAACAUGAACGAGGAGAAUCUGUCAGCAUAGCCAAGAUGACUGCCUGACAAACAGAUUGAAAGGUGUCAAUUGAACCCAUAACAUGUUUGCAGGCAAGUCAUUCUUGGCUACCAAACAAGACUCUUCAUCUUCAUGUUAUGCCACUCUUCUGCUCGUCGUCAAGUGAUGGUCUUGGUUGUGGAGUAUACAAGCUUGCUGCAAUAUUUCCCUAUUUAUAGAUGAUGAGCAAGGAGGAAGCAUGCACUAAUGUUAAAAGCUGUCAAAUUCUAAUCGAUGAUGACCUUCCUCCUUUUCUUCAUUGCCUAAUGGGUUGCAUUGCGCCCAUUCCUCUGAGAAUAUAUUCCAAUACAGUUGACAAAACCAUGAGUUGCAUUUGGUGGAUUAUAUUCCAUGAUCUCCAACUCGAUCUCAAAGUCCCAUUGUGGACUUAAGGCUGGAAUUUGAAGCAUGUUUGAGUCUCGAAAUGGUCAACUACAGUGCAAAGUGACACUUGUGGAAUGUUGCUAGCCAAUAAAGCAUAUUUGCAUCGCAACUACGGUCUGCGUAUGUAUGGAACCUUUUUAGAUGAUUAGUGGUCUCCAAAAUUGAAAUUUAGAAUACAUGGAACCUUUUUAGAUGAUUAGUGGUCUCCAAAAUUGAAAUUUAGAAUACAGUGAGUGUUCGAGUUAGUCAAUAGAGUUGUAAUACCACAUUGAUGGGAGAAAGAAAGUAUAAGAUCUGCGUUUUUUGACCGUUUAAUUAAUUAAUUAAUUUUUAUAUUGAUUAAUUAAUGUUUGAAUAUUGUGAAAAGAAGUGUCCUUCCCGAAAGGUAACUUCUCUUUUUUCUAUGAAAGGAUGUGUCCUUUCGGUAAAGGUAACUACCUAUUUCUGUGAAAGGAUGUGUAUCUUCGGAAGGUAACUUUCAGUUUUCAAUUUUCACAACUAUAAAUAUUAGACUACCAUUACUCUUUUAAUACGUGAGAUUACUUCUUCUUCAUAUUUUCCUUCUCUAUUUCAUAAACACAGAAGUCUGCAAGAUUGCUCCUUCCAGACUUAGAAUUGAAGGGACUCCUGGGGGUAGUUUGCUCGAGCCUACCAGCAAUUUGUAGUGGGGGCAAAUAACACUCUAAGGAGACAAAGAUAAACUCCCAGCAAUUUGUCAAUAGCUCACUUGAAUUAUCAAGGAAACAAAGAUUAAAAAAAGUU